AGUCGCAGCGCUCUCUCCGUUUCGUUCGCACGCACUCAGUCAGUCAGUUGAAUAGGAAAGCGAGUUUCGGAUCGGUCGUUCGUUCGUCGCGCCGCGGCUACUGCUCUGUUGUUUGUGUAGUUGGUGUGCUGUGUGUAGCUGCCCUGCCCAACAUUUUUAUUAGAAAAUAAUUAUCGGAAGAAAAUCCGUGGCCUGGGACGAUAGCGAUUGCACGAUUGCCGGAUAACACCGUCGCGCGAAUUGGAAGAAGUUGUGUUUUUGUAUUGUAUUUGUUUUCAACCAAACCAGAGCUCAAUAGAAUUCACCUUCACAUAAAGUGAUCAGAUCGGAGAAGGAUGCAAACGAUAAAGUGCGUCGUGGUGGGCGACGGUGCCGUCGGUAAGACCUGCCUGCUCAUCUCCUACACGACCAACAAAUUCCCGUCGGAGUACGUGCCAACCGUGUUCGACAACUAUGCCGUCACGGUCAUGAUCGGCGGAGAACCCUACACACUGGGACUGUUCGAUACUGCCGGUCAGGAGGAUUACGAUCGGUUGAGGCCACUGUCCUACCCGCAGACCGAUGUAUUCCUGGUGUGUUUCUCCGUCGUCAGUCCCAGCUCGUUUGAGAACGUCAAAGAAAAGUGGGUACCGGAGAUAACGCAUCACUGUCAGAAGACGCCGUUCCUGCUCGUCGGCACGCAGAUCGAUUUGCGCGACGAGCAGAGCACGCUGGAGAAGCUGGCCAAGAACAAACAGAAACCCAUCACGUUGGAGCAGGGCGAGAAGCUGGCCAAGGAACUGAAGGCAGUCAAAUACGUCGAGUGCUCGGCGCUAACGCAGAAAGGGCUCAAGAACGUUUUCGAUGAGGCGAUCCUGGCCGCACUGGAGCCCCCGGAGCCGGCGAAAAAGCGAAAGUGCAAGUUUCUGUAAACCUAACAAUCCUGUAUUUUUGUUUGUCACCACCACCACCACACGUAACCUUUCUAUAUACAACAUACACAAACACACAUUCGUUUCUUUCGUUUUUGGUGAGCGAUUUAUAAAAAAAAAAACCCUUGCUAAACAACACAUUUAACGUUGGUUAAAUUAUUAGAAGGAAAGAAGCAACAAACAUACCGGCGAAAAAGAGACAAAACAAAAGCGUUAGAAUAUAGAAUCGAAAACUAUUGUAUUGAAAACAAACAAAA